UUGGUGUCCACUUCCGGUUAAUGUGAUUACAGGGACGUGGCUGUAUGAACUGACGCAAUAUGCUCUGUGUACGCUUUCAUGGGCAUCAUAUUAAAGUCUAAACUAUCUCGUUUCGUGUAUAAACUACUUGAAACCCCACAGCAUGUCAAAAGUAAUUUUCCUCCAUCCCGACUUGGGAAUAGGGGGAGCCGAAAGGGCAGUGAUCGACGCUGCCCUGGCCCUGAAAUCAAAAGGUAUGGACGUCAAGUUUGUUACAGCACACCAUGAUCCAGGACAUUGCUUCCAAGAAACUAAAGAUGGAACCUUCGAGGUUAUCACUGCUGGUGACUGGCUACCACGGAGUAUAUUUGGGAAGUGUUAUGCCCUCUGUGCCUAUCUCAGAAUGAUCUAUGCGGCAAUUUAUCUGGUUCUUUUUAGUUCUCUUUCUUUUGAUCUCAUUUUUUGUGAUCAAAUUUCCGCAUGUGUGCCAGUGUUAAGAUUAAGCAGUGCCAAAAUUCUUUUCUACUGUCAUUUCCCUGACAUGCUACUGACACAGAGGAGGAGUUUCUUGAAGAAGCUGUAUCGAACACCAAUAGAUUGGCUGGAGGAGAGGACAACAGGGAUGGCACACUGUGUUCUCGUCAACAGUAAAUUCACAGCUGGAGUGUUCAGGGACACAUUCAGCUCACUAAGUCACAUAAAGCCGGAGGUGUUGUACCCAAUCCCAGACUUCACCGCAUUCAACAAACCAGUGGAGCCACCUACCAAGGAGCUGAUGCCCCAAAACAAAAAGCUGAUAUUUCUAUCAAUCAACAGAUAUGAGAGGAAGAAGAAUCUUGGAUUAGCAAUAGAAGCAUUUGGUCAGUUGACUGAGCGACACCCAGAUGUGAAAGACAUUCACUUGAUAAUGGCAGGAGGGUAUGAUGAAAGGGUAACAGAAAACGUAGAACACUACCUGGAGCUUCGGAAGCUGGCUGAGAAACUGAAACUGGCCGACAACAUCACAUUCCUGCGUUCUUUCAGUGACUCCCAGAAGAGAACACUUCUGACCAACUGUUCAUGUCUCCUGUACACGCCUGACAAGGAACACUUUGGUAUUGUGCCCAUUGAAGCAAUGUACAUGAAGUGUCCAGUGAUUGCAGUGAAGAGUGGAGGGCCCCUAGAGACAGUAGAGGAUGAGAAAACUGGCUUCCUCUGUCAGCCUGUUCCAGAUAGUUUUAGUGAAGCAAUGGACAAAUUUUUGAAGGACUCUGGUCUCAGUAAAAGAAUGGGCAAUGCUGGGAAAGAAAGAGUGCUUGCAAGAUUCUCCUUUGAACAAUUUACUGAGAAAUUGCAUGGUAUUGUAACAGGUCUUCUCUCUGGAAAGCCUUGAGUCAACGAAAGACUGCAGUCCUUCUUGUAUGUGAUAUGACAGAACUGAAUAAACAGUGGACAUCA